ACUUCGCAGCAACCGGACAAGAAAAGACAGAGGGACUGUGCUGGAUCUUGUCGCAGGAAACACGCUACCAAAUUCCCCACAGAAUAUCUCCAGCAAGCCUCCAUGUAGUCAGCUGCUAGAUGAACUCCUGGGCAGUUGGGGGGAUGUGGGAUUCCUAUCUGUGACCCAGAGGCACAUGCUGACCAAUGAUGGCAAAGUUUUACCAGCUGUUACACCCAUCAGCUCCACUGAGAUGACCCCAGGAGAAGUGAAAUGUGGAUGACAUCGUGAGCCAGGGGAAUUCAACAUUUGGGCCAAGAUAUCCUCCAACUGAGCCUCAAAGAAACCUGUUACACAAAAGACACUCACACACCUACUCCUUCUCAAUCAGCCAAUCGCAAUGUCGAUGCCAGGACCACUGUGGGCGUGCUUGGCACUGAUAUGGGUGGGAAGCAGCAGUGCCCAUAGCUUGUUUACCUGCGAGCCAAUCAAAGUACAUCGGUGCUUUGGGAUGCCCUACAACAUGACCUUCUUUCCCAACAUGAUGGAGCACUACGACCAAGAUAUGGCAGCUAGUCAUAUGGAGCCGUUCAUGCCCUUGGCAAACCUGCGCUGCUCUCUUGACGUCCACUACUUCCUGUGCCAAGCCUUUAUCCCAGCAUGCACCGAGGAGAACACAGUGAUUCAUCCAUGCAGAGAGGAGUGUGAGACUGUUCUGUCUGACUGCGAGGAGGAUAUCCGAGUCUUUGGUAUCACCUGGCCUCCUGAGCUACAGUGUGACAAAUUGGAUUCAUGUUUCAAUUCUGGUGGUUCAACACUUCCUGCUACCACCCCAAUGAGCUUCUCAUCAGCUAAGAGGGACCUCGGCUUCUGGUGCCCACUGCAGCUGAAGACCAAACCAGGCCAUGGAUCUUCUUUCUUGGGCGCGCAGGACUGUGCUCCACCGUGCACUAACAUGUACUUCAAACCCCACGACAUUGAAUUUGCCAAGAAUUUCAUUGGUGUGUGCUCCAUCAUCUGCCUGGGCGCCACGCUCUUCACCUUCCUGACUUUCCUCAUCGACGUCAAACGUUUCCGCUACCCAGAGCGCCCCAUAAUCUUCUACGCCGUCUGCUACAGCUUCGUGUCGCUCAUAUAUUUCAUCGGUUUCCUGCUGGGGAACAAUGCAGCCUGUAUGAAAGCAUCUCAUCCUGCCAGUGUGGACACAGUGGUGCUGGGCUCUCAGAGUAAAGGCUGCACUCUGCUUUUCAUGCUGCUCUACUUCUUCUCCAUUGCCGGGAUCGUCUGGUGGGUCAUACUCACUAUCACCUGGUUCCUGGCGGCUGGACCCAAGUGGAGCUGUGAGGCCAUAGAGAAGAAAGCUGUGUGGUUCCACUCUGUUGCCUGGGGGAUCCCCGGAGCACUUACCGUCAUGCUGCUGGCUCUGAACAAGGUUGAAGGGGACAACAUCAGCGGCGUUUGCUUCGUGGGGCUCUACGACCUGGACGCUCUGCGCUACUUUGUUCUGGCGCCUCUGUGUGUGGGCGUCCUAGUCGGUCUCUGCCUUAUCCUGGCCGGCAUCGUUUCUCUCAACCAUGUCCGGCAGGUCAUCCAGCAUGACGAGCGCAACCAGGAGAAGCUGAAGAAGUUCAUGAUCCGCAUCGGUGUGUUCAGCUGCCUCUACCUGGUCCCACUGGUCACCCUGUUAGCCUGCUACACCUACGAACAGAGUCACCGCAGCACCUGGGAGAAUACCUGGAUCAACGACCGGUGUCAAGAGUACAGCAUCCCCUGCUCCUACAAGACAACAGAGCACGACCGCCCAGACCUCUCCCUGUUUCUGGUGAAAUACUUAAUGACGCUGGUGGUUGGAAUAUCUGCAGUGUUCUGGGUUAGCAGUAAAAAAACAUGCUCUGAGUGGGCCUACUUCUUCAACAGGACCCGCAAGAGAGAUCCCAUCAGUGAGAGCCGCCGGGUGCUCCAAGAGUCCUGCGAGUUCUUCCUCAAGCACAACAGCCGCGUCCAGCACAAGAAGAAACACUACAAGCCGAGCUCCCACAAGCUCAAGGUCAUCUCCAAGUCCAUGGGCACGAGCACCGGCGCUGCACCCACCAAUGCCUCCACCGCUGGCAUCGCAAGCAAUACGAGAACCUCUGCGCUGGGCAAUCACGAGCCCCAUGGACGUGGUUCUCUGUCCGAGGCCUCAGCCAGGGAGCACCUGGACAGGGGCACCUCCAGCCGAAGCUCCAGGAGGGCGGAGCGGGAGAGGGAGAGGGAGAGGGAGAGGGAGAGGGAAGGGGGAGAAAGACGUAGCAAAGGGGGGAGCUCCUGUAAGAUGAGCAGCCGCUCUGAGAGCAUGCACAGAGUCCCAGAUGGGAGGAUGACUCCGAGGAGUGAGCUGUCAGAGACAAGGCACGUCCAUAGUGGACAGCAGCAUCCGGCUUUAAACUUAUCGCACAGCAGUAGCAUCCAAGACUCCACCCACCAGUUGGUGCACAAGGUGCCCGAGGAGAGCAAGGACACAAAGGGCAGCACCUGCUGAGACAACUGACCUGCACCAAACAUAUCUGUCCUUCCAUCCGUCCAGCCUUGAACCAACUCAGACAACUUGUGAUGCUGUCUCAUGUAUCUGCUUCAAAUCAUAGCUACCAUUUGUGUCAUAUACAGUUUAUACAUCAGAUUAGGAUUGUACUGCUUAUAUUGUAGCCAGUGAGUAUUCAUUGCCGGCAAACUGUAACAUACCUCGAGUAUUUCUCAUAUGGUAUGUUUGGACCAGAGUCUGAGUUUUACAGCUGUGUCUUUAAGCUUUACUGAGCUUUUAGCCAUUUACUAUAUACCUGAAUGUUUCUGCAGCACAGCUGUGACCCACUUGUACAACUACCAGUGGUCUUUCAUUUGAUAGCAUGCAUUAAAUACUUUAGCUCUACUGUUUUAUUUUUUUAGAUUUGUAUCUCAUUGCCAUAGAAUGCGUACUAGAAAACAAAUGUAAUAUUUAUGUAAAUAUUCUAUUUUUUUGUCAUGAAGUCUUUCACUGGACUAGUCGCUAGUACAAUGAGUUAUGUUAAGUAUGGUCAUGAUAUUGCCAAACAUUCAACACAAGUAAUGCCUAUACGUCCUCCUGUGGUAAACAGUUAUUUGAAUGUCAUCUUGUAAUAUUCAUAGUGUGCUACUGUAUUGUUCCUUUGAAAAAAUGCAAACUUUUAAACUUGAUAGAGUUGAUUUUUUUUUUUAGACCAGUGGUUCUCAGCAAGGUGACAUGGGGUUCCCACAAAAAUGGGGAUUUUUUUCCCACUAUUUUAUUUCUAUAGGGAGUCUAUUUUGAAUAAGAGUGGCUAUUCUGAUGAUAGGUUUUUCUUUCUUAAUGGUUAUCUCCCCAGCUACCUGCAUUUAAUCGCUACAGAGUCCUGGUGUUAAACCAUUCAUAACAACCAAAGUCUUUUCAGAUAGAGGUCCCUGAAGCCAAACCAUAUCAAUUGGGGGAUGGUGACCAUAUGUGUAUCCAUUUAUGGGUCCUUGACACUAGAAACGGGCUGAGAACCACUGUUUUAGACAAUGUGUUUUUCACAUUUUCUUUCAAAGACUACUGUUUGUUUUGUGUUACUACUUGUUUUUGUUGUACACAUUUAUUGCGCACAUCUUCAAAAACCUAUCCUGUGAAAUUGGAUAAAAGUAUAGCUUUAUAGUUUUCUAUAAGAAUGUGCCUUCCUUUGAGUAGUUCCUCAUCUUCAAAGAACUUCAAAGAAUCUACAGAUGUCUUGCAUGUGUGCUGUCGACCUGUGUUCUUGGUCUGAGUGCACACUCAGAUCUAGAAUCAAAUUGGGGG